AUGAAUCGAGUCCCCCUGCAGCAGCCUCAGAGCUGUGGAGCCUGGGAGCUGAAGGAGCGGCUGGGCACUGGAGGCUUUGGGAAUGUCACAAGAUGGCAGAACAAGGACACAGAGGAACAGAUCGCUAUAAAGCAGUGCCGGCAGGAGCUGUGCGAGAGAAACAAACAGAGAUGGUGUCUGGAGAUCCAGAUCAUGAAGAGGUUGGAUCAUGUUAACGUUGUCGCAGCCAGAGAGGUUCCUGAGGGAAUGGAGAAAAUGGUGGCCACCAAUGACCUGCCACUGCUGGCGAUGGAGUACUGUCAGGGAGGAGAUCUGAGAAAGUAUCUGAACCUCUUGGAGAACUGCUGCGGGUUGAGGGAGGGCUCCGUUUUAAUUCUGUUACGUGACAUUUCGUCGGCUCUCACCUACCUCCACAAGAAGAGGAUCAUUCACAGAGAUUUGAAACCAGAAAACAUUGUGCUGCAACAGGGAGAGAAGAGAUUGAUCCAUAAGAUAAUAGAUCUCGGCUAUGCUAAAGAGCUGGACCAGAGCAGCCUUUGCACCUCGUUUGUGGGAACACUUCAGUACUUGGCUCCAGAGCUCAUUGAGAGACAGAAGUACACGGUCACUGUGGACUACUGGAGCUUCGGGACUUUGGUGUUUGAGUGUAUCACAGGAUUUCGCCCUUUCUUGCCAACCUGGCAACCCGUCCCUUGGCACAACAAACUGAGGCUGAAGCAGGACGAUGAUAUCGUCGUCUAUGAGGACCUCUCAGGGGAAGUCCGCUUCUCUAAACAUCUGCCCCAGCCCAACAACCUCAACAGUCUCUUGUUGGAGAAAAUGGAGAGGUGGCUGCAGCUGAUGUUAAAGUGGUCUCCUAAGGAAAGAGGCAAAGACCCCGACGCUACGCCCUCGGACUGCUUCUCCCAGCUGGAGGUCAUUCUGCAGCUCAAGCUGGUUCAUGUCCUGAACAUGCUUUCUGCUAAGAUCCUGACAUACUCCGUCUCAGACGAAGAGACUGUGGCUGACCUGCAGCUGAGGAUAGAAAAAGACACCAACAUCCCUGCAGCCAAUCAGGAGCUGCUGCUGGAAGCGGGUUUAGCCUUGGAGCCUCACGGACUGGCCACGCAGUGCGCCAUAGAUUACACAGAGAUAGAUGGGCGACGGACAGACUUGCCUCUGGUCUUCCUGUUUGAUCGUUCCUCUUGCACCUAUGAACCUCAGUUUGCUCCUCGCACCCUUCCAGAAAACAUCCGCUUUGUCCAAACCGACCCUAAACACCUUCUGCCUUACAGCCUUCUGAGGAGGACUUGUGGCCAGGCGUGGCAUACAAUCCGCUCCCUGAAGGAAGACUGGCAACGUCUGCAGCAGGGGCAGAAAGCUGCCAUCAUGAGCCUGCUGAGACACAACUCUUCGCUGUCCAAACAGAAGAUUGAAAUGGUGUCCAUGCACCAGAGGCUCAUGGCCAAGUUGGACUUCUUUACCACCAGCCUUCACGUAGACAUGUACAAAUACCAGGAGCAGACAGCCACCGGGAUCGCGUCAGAGAAACUCCUUGGCGUGUGGAGAGAGAUGGAGCAGACUGCUGUCAGCUGUGGUCAGGCAAAGGUGAGUGAACUGGAGGAGGAGAUGAUGCAGCUGCAGCCAGACAUAGUAGAUGUGCAGAGACAGCCAUGGCGGAGUGGGGAGGCCCUGGAUACACUUGAAGGAAAGGCAAUGGAGCUGUUCCGCAAACUCAGAGAGAAACCCAGAGACCAGAGGUGCUCAGGGGACAGUCAGGAGGUGGUGCGCCUGGUGUUACAGGCUGUGCAGUUCUACGAGAAGAAGCUCAGAGACUUCUACACACAUCUCAGUAAGACAGCAGUGUGCCGUCAGCGUGUGAUGGAGCUGCUGCCGAAGGUGGAGGGUGUGGUCCAGAAGAUGGCUGAGAGCGAACAAGUCCUGAUGAGUCUGCAAGAGAAACGACAGAGGGAUCUGUGGACCCUGCUCAAAGUCGCCUGUAGUAAGGUUCGCAGCCCCGUGAGUGGGAGUCCUGACGGAUUACGAACCCCAUCUUCAGUGCCGCCUCUGCUGACCCCCAGACACAGCUUACAGCAGUUUGAUGAGUCUCUUGUGGAAGAGAGCAGGACGUUUGAGAGUCGACUCCAGAGUCUGCUGCAUGACACCAUCCAGGAAUCAGAGAGCAGUAUGGAGGUGUUGAGGGAGUGGACGUGGCUGCAUGGAGGCCAGAAUUACUCCAGUGACCUCUCCUAAACUGGAUUUCAUUCUUUGCUCACAUGUGGUACUAUACUGCCCCUGUGUGGAUGGGAUGUGAAACUACACAAGGAUGUGGUAGUUACUGGUCUGAUAACCAAUGUGAAUGGAGUAAUAGCUGCUGGCACAUACUUGCUCAAUGAAAUUAAGGAGUAGGUAAACCUACUCAUGACUCUUAUCUGACGCUGUAAAACAAGUGCAGAUUUAUCUCUGAUAAGGAUUGACAUCAGAGUAAUUUUUUAGAGCACAAUCCUGUUUUUAUCCACUUGUAAUUUUAACAAAACAUUAAAUAUGUUUUGGGGUAAAAUUGCACUUCCUAAUGCACAGAUUAUCCAUGCCAUUUGCAUCAUGGAUCAAAUCUGAUAAUUGUAACAUACAAAUAUCAGUCAGAUCAAACCUUCAUGCAUUCCUGCAGUGUUACUAUGUGAAGAGGCUUGUACACUGGACAAAGUGUCAAACUGAAUCUCUCCUAAAACAGCCGACAGAUAUAAAUAGCUUAUUUUAUCCUCAAAUAUAAAACUGGGAGAAUUCAUUAAUGUAAAUAAUGUUUUACCAAAGUUGACAGACACAAAUAUUUCUGCUAUGUUUUGAAACUGUAUAUUUUAAUUACAUGUGUUUUUAAGAAAAAAAAAAUGUUUUCAGUGAUAUUGUAGAGCUGCCCACACAUGACUGCAGUAAAACUGCCCUGCACAAACAUGUUUUUGGUAACUACUUUUUCAGUCUAUUUUGAAAGUAGUUUAACCUGACUACUUUGGCUAACAUCAAUAAAUCCAAAUGAAAGGCUCACAGAAAAGAAAGAGCGAAGCUAGGAAUUUGCUAAAAACGCUCUCAACAUUAACUAUCUCAACUCAGAUUACCACUCAGUGAAGGUCAUGAUGAUUGGGGGGGGGGGGGGGGGGGGG